UACUGAUGUGAAUUACACUUUAGCAGACCCCCUGUGACAGGUCAUCUCUUCUGUCACUUUGUGGUCUUCACUCUCUGAGCUCCUGUCUCACAUUAACUGUUCAUCCUCAGUGUCUCCUCAGAUGUCCUCUCUGUCAGCUCUCAGCUUUCUCUUUAAAUCUCCUCCUCCUCCUCCUCACUGUGUACAGACAAACUUUCACUUUCAUUUCUUCACAAGUCACUUCCUUGUUUGUCUGACUGAUUCUCUCUGCCUGCCUCUCCUCAGACUGACGAUGGCUGAAGCCCAGCUGGUUGGAUUACAGGACGAGUUCACCUGCUCGGUGUGUCUGGACACCCUGACUGACCCUGUGUCACUGCAUUGCGGUCACAGUUUCUGUCUGAACUGCCUCAUGGACUGCUGGGAUCAGAGCCAAGAGUUCAGCUGUCCUCAGUGCAGACACACCUUCACCACAAGGCCUGAGCUGAACAGAAACACUCUGCUGAAUGAAGUCAUCAAGAGAUUAAAGAAGAUGGCACUCAGUUCUCCAUGUCAGAAUUAUGCCGGCCCUGAAGAUGUGGAGUGUGACUUCUGUACUGGGAAGAAGUUCAGAGCGGUGAAGUCCUGUCUAACCUGCAUGGCCUCCUACUGUCAGACUCACCUGAAGCCUCACUAUGAAGUAGCAGCCUGGAAGGGACACAAGUUGGUUGAUCCCGACAGAAAUCUGAACGAUAAACUCUGUGAGAAACAUCAGAAAAGUCUGGAGAUGUUUUGUAAAACUGAUGAGAUGUGUAUAUGCAUGAUGUGUGGAGUGACUGAACAUAACGGUCAUAAAAUGGUCGAGCUGGAGAUGGAAAGAGAAGAAAAGCAGAAACAGCUGGGGGCGACACUGAGUGGAAUCAGGAGGAGACUUGAGAAGAAAGAGAAGAAAAUAAAGGAGAUGAGAAGGACAAUAAAACAGAUGAAGUUUUCUGUGGAAAGAGUGAUAGAGGAACAUAAGAAGAGCUUCACAGAUCUGAUAUGGUGCAUUAAGGAAGGCUACAAGAAUCUGACUGACAGGAUCAGAGAGCAAGAAAAGAGAGAAAUGGAGAAGGCUGAAGGAGUCAUGGAGCAACUGGAGAAGGAGAUUGAGGAACUGAAGACGAGAGAGGUUGAUCUGAAGGAGCUUUCAGAGACCAAGGACAACGUCCACUUCCUGCAGACUUUGUCACCUCAUUGUGUCCUUCCUGAUGAUGAAGACUCACUCAACUUGACUGUCACUGCUGAUUUCUCUUCUGAUGACCUGCUGAAGGAGCUGUCAGGUCUGAAAAAGCGUCUGGAGAAGAUCAGCCAGUGGGACAUCCUGCCAUUGACUCCAUCAGGUCAUGAAGCUCCAAUCUUCACCCUACAGCCUCCUGAACCUCAGAGCAGAGAGGAGUUUUUACAAUACUUCUGUCCCCUCACACUGGACAUCAACACGACACACAGACGCCUCCAUCUGUCUGAAGGGAACAAGAAGGUGACAUGUGAGUGGAAAAAAGCCAAAUAUCCUGAUCAUCCUGACAGAUUUGACCACUGUGUCCAAGUUCUGUGUAGAGAGUCUCUGGCUGGGACUCACUCUUACUGGGAGGUGGAGUGCAGUGGAGAAUUCCUGGUGAUUGGAGUCGCAUAUAAAGGACUGAGCAGGAGAGAAGAUGGUGGGGAGUGCAGCUUUGGAAACAACGACAAAUCCUGGAGUUUGGUGUGGUCUCAUUCCCAGUACUCUGUGUGGCACAAUAACAAGAGGACUGUAAUCAGUGCCCCUUACAGCCCCAGAAUAGGUGUGUAUCUGGACUGGCCUGCUGGCUCUCUGUCAUUUUAUAGCGUCUCACACACAAUGACCCUCCUGCACAGGUUCAACACCUCCUUCACUGAGCCCCUCUAUCCAGGGUUUGGGCUUCUUUAUAACUCCAGUGUAACAAUCAGCCAUCUGACACCAUGUGACCACUGACCAGUACCCUCCACCGGUCACUUGAUGUCCCCACAAAUGAAGGUCCUCUUUUUGUUUGUAGUGUGGGGUGAAAUUAAAUUUAUAGGAUGAGUUGAUUUGGGGGGGCAGCACCUCUGUGACUGAAAUGUGGAUGAGAAUGCGGGGCGAGUGUGGCUGGGGGGUCUCCAUUAUUAUUGGGUCUGAGUAGCCAAUCAGGUGUGUGUGUCAUAAUGAGGGGCGGAGACACGUCAGACCUACAAAUACCAGUCUGACCAGCAGGGGUCACUGUUGAUUCACAGCCACAUGUCCUUCAGACUGACACCCCAACAACUACUGAGGUCCCCAAGUGUCACUGAAUGUCACCUGUUAAGUAGGACAGGCAUGUGGUCCUGCUGGAUCAGCACAACUGAAAGGCGCUAUACAGACUCAGUAUGGAGAGCUCUUGAAUAGUGACUAUAUGUAGGAGCAGAGAGUGACAGAUGGGACUGGAGUGUUGUCCACUCACCAGACAUGUUGUGACCCUCCAUUGGUCACUCAAAGGGUCCUUCACUUCAGAAUGAAUUCACUGUGAAUGUCUGAAGACGAGGACUCACCGGUCAGACAGAUGUUGGCCAUACUGACAGAGUUUGGUGUUUUAGUUGAUGUCACAUUAAACUUUAAACUGCA